AUGCAGGUUCAAGAGACAAAGCCUAUUGAUGCUCCAGAGCAUUGCCCUGGACCUUCCUCAGAAACUGCAGGAGCAGCAUCAGCUUGUGCAGGAUGCCCGAAUCAACAAAUUUGUGCCUCUGCUCCUCGAGGAGAAGAUCCAGAUUUGCCAUUGGUGACGGAACGAUUGAGUAAGAUUAAGAAGAAAAUACUUGUACUUUCAGGAAAAGGCGGUGUGGGAAAAUCUACGUUUUCCGCUCAAUUGGCAUGGGCAUUGUCUUUAGAAGAAGACAAACAAAUUGGCUUAAUGGAUGUCGAUAUUUGUGGCCCAUCAAUUCCGAGAAUUAUGGGCGUCGAAAAAGAAGAAGCUCAUCAGUCCAGCGAGGGUUGGUCUCCAAUUUAUGUGUGCCCUAAUCUAGCGGUUAUGUCCAUAGGCUUUUUGUUGCCUAGUGACGAUUCAUCGGUUAUUUGGAGAGGGCCCAAGAAGAAUGGAUUAAUUAAACAGUUCAUUAAAGAUGUCAACUGGGAGAAUUUGGAUUUUCUUAUUGUUGAUACACCUCCAGGAACUAGCGAUGAACACUUGUCCUUGGUUCAAUUUUUUAAAAAUGCAGGGAUUGAUGGUGCCAUUGUCGUUACAACUCCUCAAGAAGUAGCGUUGCAAGAUGUUCGUAAAGAAAUCGAUUUCUGUAGAAAGGCUUCCAUUCCCGUUUUAGGUGUCGUGGAGAAUAUGAGUGGGUUUGUAUGCCCUUCUUGUCGAAAUAAGACUAAUAUAUUUACUGUAAAUACUGGAGGUGGUGAAGCAUUAGCGCAAGAGAUGAAUAUUCCCUUUUUGGGACGUGUUCCUUUGGAUCCUGCUAUCGCUCGUUCUUGCGACUUUGGUAAAAGUUUUGUUGAUGAAUGCCCCGAAUCUCCAGCGUCCGAGAUUAUAAUCGAUAUUAUAAACAAGGUGGAUUAUAAUUUACAAGCACAAAAAGGGUCUUCUUAA